AGAAACAGCAGGAGAAGAAGGAGAAGCAGCAGCAGCAGCAUCAGCAGUUGGAGCUACAAAAAUCGAAUGUAAGUUUCUGGCUGCAUUGCGAAUUUGGGAUCUGGGCCGCGUCUAAUUAGUUGGCUCUGAACUGAGCGCAACUUUAUUAACAGCAGGCAUCCGAGCUGUGCUGUCAUAUUAAAUGAAACUUACAAUAUACCGUUAAAUUGCCAGCAGCAGGCCAACACCAAACACAAUGCAAACGGCAGCGGCGGCAACAGCAACAGCAGCAGCAGAAGGAGCCGCAGCAACAACAACAGCAGCAGCAGCAACGAUUGCAGGACAUACAAAUAGCAAGACGGGGCAUGUGAAAGUGCAAAAAUGUGAAAUCAACUUUAAUGUGUGUGUGGCACGAGGCAUUGAAUUUUAACGAGUUCACAUUUAAAACAAUACGCAAACAGUGUUUAAAAAAAAACGGGCAAAAGGAAAUUGCCAACAACUAAGAGCAGCAACAACAAUAAUAGCUUAGCACGUGACGCGACGCCACGCUAAUAGACGCUCAUUUUGCAACGGUAAUUGGUGGCACACACGUCAGCAUUCACAGAACACUGUUCACUGUACACCCAGAGUUUAAAGUUCUUCAACUUGAGAGUGCACUCUUUGUCAACGAAGGUGGCAAAAUGGCCGUUAGCAACAUUGUUUGCGAGUGGCUGCGCGCCCUUGGUCUGGCACAGUAUGCGGAAAGUUUUCUGGACAAUGGCUACGAUGACUUGGAGAUAUGCAAGCAAGUCGGUGAUCCCGAUUUGGAUGCCAUUGGCGUUGACAAUCCGGCCCAUCGGCAUAAGCUGCUGAAGAGUAUACGUUCGCUGCGCGAGAAGGGUGCUGCCUCUGUGUACUUCAUGUUAAACGAUCCGAACUCGUUGUCGGGCAGCAUGGAGAUCCUGUGCGAGACACCGCCCAGCAAUGAACUGGAAAUGGUGCUGGCCGAACAGCUGGAGACGGACGGAGUGCGUCUGACAGCGCAUCCAUAUUCAACACCGGAUGGACAACGCGGCCAUUUAGAGGGUCUUGCAUCCGUCUAUUGCGAAUUGUUAAUGGCUCCCUUUGGAGAUAUUUUAAGUGCUUUAGAAAAUGCUAGACAAGCAGCAUGGGCGGAGCGCAGUCCGCUCCAUCCCGCCGGUGGCAGCAGCGGCGGCGCCAGCGGCAGCGGUGGCAGCGGCCUCAGCGGCAGCGCCGGCGGCAGCGGCCUCGUCAGCAUUAUGCAACAUCGCCAGCAGCAUGGCCAUCGCGGCCAUUCAAUGCACGGCGCCGGCCUGCCCAAUAGUCAUAGUCAGCCAAUUUAUGUGCCAGGAAAAUACUCGCCCUCCAGCUGCUUGUCCGACAAGGAGGAGGAUGAGAUCUAUGGCUUUGGCUAUGGCGUCUUUGCGCCGCGAGUGGCACGCGGCGGCUUGACACAACAGCAGCAGAUGCUGCAACAGCAGACGCUGCAAACGCAGCAGAGUAUACAGCAGCAGCAGCAGCAACAGUUGCAACAGCAGCAGCAGCAACAACAACUACCAAUUGUGCCAGGCCAACAGGCGGGUGGAGGACAGCCCGGAGUUGGACCACAACAGCAUCAGACACUCCCGCCAAAUGUAGCGCAUCUCAACUUUGUGCAACAAAACUGCCUGAGUCCACGUUCCGCAUAUUUCUAUGAAUUUCCACCGACUGCAGAGGGACGCGAGACGAAGAAACGCACAACGUUGGCGCGACUGUUGAAAGGCUUAAAAACUGUCAAUCGAAGGGAUCGCAACAAUCAACAAAAUGGCGCCCAAGCAAGGGCGGCUAACGAUCGUCUGCGGCACUUUCAAAUGAUAAACGGCGGUGCCGGGGUGCCGCAGCAGAGUUUCGAGGAGACAAUCCAUAGGCUAAAAGUACAAGAAGCAAUGCGCAAAAAGGAAAAAUUUCAACGUGAACACGAGGAGAUCUUGCGGGACAUACGCCAAGGACUGCUGCAAAUGAGUCGAGGGGAGGGACGCACGGAUGAUACGUACAUGUACGAUGAGGCACUGAGAACCGGACCGAUUGGUGCGGGUGGCGGCAUCAUUGGUCUAGGCGGUGGUGCACACUACGCGGUCAGUGCACUGCAUCAUCAAGGUCAUUGGUACGAUGAGCCGCCGUACGAGAGCGAUCCCGAUGACUUCCUUAUGGCCGGACUCAACUGUGGACCAGCUGCUACCAUUCAGGGUGGCCGAGUUCGUUUUUCGAACAACCGCGAACGCACGGGCGUAAUUUCAUUAAGAUCCGCCGGAGAUAUUUCACUGCCGCAACGCGGUCCGCCGCGACGAGGGCUUAUCGUGCCGCAGCAGCCGCCAAAUCCGCCGACAAUAAUACCGUUAACGCAUGCCAGGUCCCAUGAUCGCGAGAGCGGCGACUAUGCGGGCUCCAUUUCGGAUUUACAAAGUGUUACCUCCAGACUCAGCACAGUUUCGAUUGGCACCAACAAUUGCACGGCAAGAUACCGGACGCUGAGUGGCGGAAUUGGUGAGUCGCCAUCGCUGUCACCGAGUCCUUCAUCCGAUUACGAGGACAUUGGCGCCACGCGGCACACAGCAAAGGCCAAAAAGAACGGGCUGCCCCACAAGGCGAAUACGAUUUGUCAGAAGGCCAUGGUGCAUCAUUCGAGCGAAAUGCGUAGCUCGCCAAAGGAAAUUGGCGCAUUUAAUGAGAAUGGACGGAACUUUGUUGCCACAAAGGAUACAUCAAGGGAUUUCAGCAAUUCCCAAGAUAAUACCGACCGUGGCAGCAUGAGCGAUCAGGCGUUUGCAUGUUCCGCCAGCUCCGUCGAAAGUUUGCCCAGCGCAUCCGGUUCGAGCACUCAAGCCCUAGUACGUCCUGGCAGCCCCCACAGCUCCAUUUCUGCCGAGGAUCGCAGUUCGCUGGCGACCAUUUGCAAGGCCAAAGCGCUUGUCGACAGCCUGCCCAAUCCCUACGACAAGGAGGCGCUUAAGUUCAAGAAGGGCGAACUCAUCGAUGUGUUGUCUAUGAAUGCCUCCGGCAUUUGGAAGGGCCGCUGUCAUGGACGUGUGGGUCACUUCAAGUUCAUCAAUGUGGAAGUGCUGCCCGAGCAGCGCAUGAAGAACUCGAGCAGUAAAACCCUGGCGCCAACCUCUCGAUUGGCAAAUAGCAACAAUGGGAGUGGCAACAGUGGACCCAUUUCUGUGGAGGAUCUGUUGAUGCGCAUUGGCCUCAAGGAGUACACCUCGGUGUUCGUGCUCAACGGCUACGAGGAUCUGGAACUGUUCAAGGAACUCGAGCCGGCCGAUCUGGAUUACCUGGGCAUACUCAGUCAGGAGCAUCGAGCCAAGCUGUUGACGGCAGUGCAGCUGUUGCAUGACAUUGAAUCUUCAAAUUUCGCACGUACAGGCUCCGAUGUGGACAUUGCCGGCUCCAGUUCAGAGAACGAUGAGGCGCGCCUGAAUAAUAUCAACAAGAAGCACGGCGCUUCUCCCUUCGGGCGACGACACUUCCCCCGUGACUCGGGCUGUUACGAAGGAUCACCGCUGCCCAGCUCGCAGACGCCAACGCAGACGGUGAACUCGACCGAUGAGUCAAACAGUCUGGACGAUGUAGUGUCCAAGUGUUCCAGCGAGAUCAUGAAGCGUGUGGAGAGCGCACGUCGCUGCAAGGAUAAUCCCUUUAAGGCGACGCUGCCAGCACGUGUGGGCAAGAAGUCCUUUCUUGGCGGCGGCGGGCUUAUGGGCGACGAUACGCUCACACGUGGCGGACUCAGUGAGAAGUCGAGCGAUUCGGGCGUCAGCAGCAGUUCGCUAUCGUCGGGUCCGCUGAAGAGCAGCACUUAACAUUUGCCAACCAUACUCGCCCACGAGCUGCUCCUGGGCGUGGGCAUAGGUCAAGUUACUGCUGCCGCCGCCGCUUCCGCAGUGGGCAGUAGCAGCAGCAGUUGCGUAGGCGCCACAUCACCCACUACAUCAGUUGCCUCGGCCAGCCUGGUGGGCGGUUUGAAUGCCACAGCGCCACUUGGCAACAUUUGCCACACACUGCCACAUGCCCCCAGCUCAGCAGCAAGCAAUCCGCUGGGUCUGUCCAGCAAUCUGCCACUGAAUCGCAAUCUGGUGAUGUUGCGCAAUCAUUUGCGCAAAAAUACGAGUGGCAAUGCGGCGUCCCAGCUGCUGCACGAUGACAAGGAUCAAUAACGACCCAUUUAUUACAUACAGUUUGUAGUUUAGGUUAAGCUGUAUUCGAUCUAUGAGUUAGGUGUACGUAUUUCAAUUGCUGUGAUUCGAUAGUGAAAAAAAGGCCAAGACGCGUCUUUCAGUUCAAAUGUAUAGUGUAUAGGGACAGAUAGCUAGCAACAGAGAGAGAGCCAGAGAUAGAGUUAGAGUAAGAUAGAAAGAGUUAUUG